AUGGAGCGCGGAGGUAAUUUCCGCGGAGGUCGUGGCGGACGAGGUUUCGGACGUGGACGCGGCAGUGGACGAGGAAGAGGAGGAGGCAGAGGACGGGGACGCGGAGGCGGUCGUGGAGGCCGAGGCGGCGGCUUCCAGCAGUUUUCGCAGCAGCAACGCCACGACGACCAGGGGUACACACCGUACCCCCCGCAGCAGUUUGGUCCACCGCAAGGUUACCAACAAGGGUACCCUCCUCCUCCGCAGCAAGGUUACCCUUCACAGUAUCCUCCCCCACAAGACCAGUACCAGCCACAGUAUCAGCAAUACCAGCAGCCGCCACAGUUCCAGCAGCAGGGUUACGGAGAUGACGGAAGAGGUUACAACAGCGGUAACCCUCCUCCACCGCCAUACCAGCCAACGGACAACUUCCAGCAGUAUCCGAACCAGCAGUUCCAGCAGCCUCAGCAGUAUCAACAACAGCCGCCACUUCCACAGCAGCAGUUCCAGCAGUUCCAGGGCGAGAGUUCAAGAUACACGAACAAUCCUCCAAUGCCUCCAAUGCCGGCACCUUCACAGCCAUCGACAGACUAUGCGGACGCAGCUCGAACCAGACAACAGGCGUACGCUCCAGUGUCAGCUGAGGACGAGUCAGAGACCCCCCAGGCGGCAUAUCCAGAGCCAAGCCAGCCUCCAUUGCCUCCUCAAGAUCCACGUGGUGACUGGAACUACGCGCCUCCUUCUCAAGAUCAACAGUGGCAACAGCCUCCGCCUCCACAGGACCAACAGUGGCAGCAGCCAGCACCUCAAGGCCAGCAAUGGCAACAGGCUCCUCCUCAGCAAUUCGGCGGACCUCCAGGCUACGGCCAACAUGGAGCAGGCCCUCCAAUGGACCAGCAGAACUUCCAGAGAGACCAGAACGCUCACUUCCACGACCGUCGACAGGACCGUCACAGUCACAAUCAGCACAAGCCACACCGACCACCUCCGCCCUCGUACGUCUGCCACAACUGCAGCCAGCCAGGCCAUUGGAAACAGAACUGCCCACUUUUUGGCAACGAGAACGAUCGCUUUGGCUCUCAACAGGAACAUCAGCCCCAGCAGCAGCGAUAUGGUCCUGAAGCAGGCUCAGACAGACAGUGGGCGCCCGCUCCGCCACUACCAGGAACGAAGCCACAAGACCCGAGAAGAAAUGGCGCAUCUUUUAACGCCCUUCCGGCGAGUUUUGGAGUGAAAAACGAGCCUAGUAGACAGCCACCGCUCCCUGGCGGCCCAGUGCCCCCGCUGCCACCCAACCCACAGCCCCCACGCCCGUACGACGACGGAUAUGAGCAGCAGCACCCUCAGCCGAUGCCUGGACAGCAAGUGUGGAAGUGCGAGACGUGCGUCAAGAGCUUCGUGAUCGCGUCUCAGUACGAAGCGCACGUGGGCACGCACGUGACGUGCUCGGACUGUGACUUCUCGGCCUCGAAGCGAGUGGUCACUGCGCACCACCAGACCGCACACGGCCAAUACGCUGGACAAGGACUCAAGGAGAUCGACGUGGAAGGCCAGAAGUUCAUGGUGCUCGUUGGAAACUCGGCGGAAGACAUUGCCAAGUGGCGAGGAGAGCGGCGCAAGAAGUGGCUCGCCAUGUCGCGUCAACCGAAGCCUACGCCUCCGUCUGUAGCGAGCCCAGUGACAGGGAAGCGGAAGCUGUCUAUUUCGUCGGAAGAAGACUUGGAAGAAGGGGAGAUCGAGGAGGACGAGGAAGUCAAGGCGCAGGUUGCGCUCCGGAAUGCUGUGAUGAAGCCUGUUAAAGCUCCGGAAGAGCCUCCAGCGAAGAAACAGCGCAAGACGAUGCUGUGCAAGUGGUUCUCGCGUGGCCACUGUCGCUUUGACGACGCGCACUGCAAGUACAGCCAUGACAGGUCGGCGUUUGGAUGUCGAGCGAUGAUGUUUAAGGGCUCGUGCUCCAAGGGGAUGUACUGCCCGUUCUCGCACGACACUGCGGUGCUGUCGGGACAGCGUGAACGCUCGCAGAAGGCGUCGAAGGAGCGCGCGACGGAGCAGCAGUGGCGGGGCGAGCAGAAGUCGCUACUGCGCAAACUGCUGGCCAAGGAUGUGCGUGCGGAGCAGCGCAAGAUGCUGCAGAUUGUGCAUUUUCUGGUCGCGAACGAUUUUCUGCGUUCGUCGGAGGAGAAGGCUGAUGUGAGUGGCAAGGAGCCAGCCGGGAAGAUUGAGGUGCUCAAAAGUGAACAAGCUGAAGCCAGUGAACCCAUUACGUCGGCGUCUGAGGACGCUGUAAUUGAGGAGGCUUCAGGAGCUGUGGAGACCACGAAGAAUGUGGCGGAUGCGUUGUCUGUAGUAGAGGCAAGUGCGUGUAGUGGGCAGGAAUCUCAGGGAGUUUCCACGUCGCCAGAUACCAACAAGCAGAGCGAUGUCGCUGUGUCUUCACAUACUGAAGAAGAGAAAGCUGAGGCAGCUAAAGAGGAGGAGGAUACAGAGAUGGAUACAUGCUCAAGUGCCGGAGCCGAGCCAGUGAACCCUGAAGAGGUUACUGCGGCUGGGUCUCUUAAGGAUGUGGGGCUGGAUGGUGACGCGCCAGUGCGUCAGGCCGACACCGUAGAAGCUAGUGUGAGCGAGACGAACGAGGCCUGCUGAGGCUUAAGUGAACCAGCGACUCGUUGAAUAGAUCU